CUCAAGGUCGGGUGGAGGGUAUGGUUUUUGUCAGUUCCGUGGACAUGAUAAACUAUGACUUUGUCUGACAAAAUUGAAACUCGGUCAUGGGUUUACAUGCAAACUCGACUUUACAGUCUUUAGUAAAUACAUUGACAAUAAACUAAGUAAAUCAAAGAUAUCGAUAUCGUCGACAAUUUAGCGUUAUUUUUUGCGUGAAAGGGCCUAUAUGUCCUACAGAAUACUUACCAAAGCUGAUCUAUCCAAGUUCUAGAUACUGUUAAAUCGUCAGCUUAGAACACACCUGGUCUCAUUCAUAACACUAUAAACUUAAAAUAUGGAAACUACUGUGUUAGUUACAGGGGGUUCUGGUUUAGUGGGAAAUGGGAUUCGACUAGCUCUAGAGAACAUUAACGGUUCCCUCAAACGAAAUGAUGAAAAGUGGAUAUUUUUAUCUUCUAAAGAUGUUGAUCUGACGGACAGUAAUGCUACUCGGGCGUAUUUUGAACGCAUGCGCCCAACCUACGUAAUUCACUUAGCUGCCAAAGUUGGCGGUUUGUUUGCCAAUAUGUCUGACAAUCUUGAAUUCUUUCGGCAAAACAUGCAUAUUAAUGACAAUGUAUUAUCAAGUAGCCAUGCAGUUGGUGUAAAGAAGGUUAUUUCAUGUCUUUCAACGUGUAUAUUUCCUGAUCGUACAACUUAUCCAAUCGACGAAACUAUGGUACAUAAUGGACCUCCACAUGAUUCUAAUUAUGGAUAUUCUUAUGCUAAGCGCAUGAUUGAUGUAAUGAAUAGAGGGUAUAGCGAGACUUUUGGUGUUCUUUAUACAUCUAUUAUACCUACCAAUGUAUUUGGUCCAUUUGAUAACUUUGAUAUUAAUCAAGGACAUGUUCUUCCUGGUCUUAUUCAUAAAGCAUACUUGGCUAAAAAGAAUGGCGAACCUUUAACUGUUUGGGGUUCUGGUAAGCCAUUGCGUCAGUUUAUUUAUUCCGUUGAUUUGGGUCAUCUCAUCAUAUGGGCUUUACGGGAGUACAACGAUUCUUCUCCAAUCAUACUUUCUGUACCCGAAAGUGAUGAAAUUUCGAUCCGUCAAGCUGCUGAAGCAGUGGCCAAGGCGAUGGAUUGUCCUAAACUCGUUUUUGACACAACUAAAGCGGAUGGUCAGUUUAAGAAAACUGCGAAUGCAUCGAAACUUCGUCAACUUUAUCCUGAUUUUAAAUUCACUCCUUUUGAACAGGGUGAGUAAAACUUUCUACACACACAUUUUAUUUAUUUAUUUUUAUUUG